AGACACCAGCCCGGUUUCUGUCUCUGUUUUCCCUGAGAGGAGCGACCAACGGCUCGGGACCUCCCAGAGACCGACUAGGACGGCUCCACAGCAGGCCAGGCUCCGCUCCGGACUCGCGUGGAGCUCCCCAAAGCCUUCAGCUCCAGUCCUGGCAUAAUGGCGACGCUGAGCCUGGAGCCCGUGGGCCGCAGCUGCUGGGACGAGCCGCUGAGCAUCUCCGUGCGCGACCUGGCCCCCGAGCAGCCCGUCACGCUGCGCGCCGCCCUGCGAGACGAGAGAGGCGCGCUCUUCCGCGCCCACGCGCGCUACCGCGCCGACCCCCACGGCGAGCUGGACCUGGCGCGCGCGCCCGCGCUGGGCGGCAGCUUCGCGGGGCUCGAGCCCAUGGGGCUGCUCUGGGCCAUGGAGCCCGAUAGGCCGCUCUGGCGUCUGAUCAAGCGCGACGUGCAGACGCCCUUCGUGGUGGAGCUGGAGGUGCUGGACGGCCACGAGCCCGACGGCGGGCGGCUGCUGGCGCGGGCGGUGCACGAGCGUCACUUCAUGGCUCCCGGGGUGCGGCGUGUGCCCGUGCGCGAGGGCCCUGUGCGCGCCACGCUCUUCCUGCCUCCAGGAAAUGGACCCUUUCCUGGGAUCAUAGACCUUUUUGGAGUUGGAGGUGGCCUUCUGGAGUAUCGGGCUAGUCUGCUGGCUGGGAAGGGCUUUGCUGUCCUGGCUCUGGCCUAUUAUAAGUACGAUGACCUCCCCAAGAGCAUGCAGACAUUCCACCUGGAGUACUUUGAGGAAGCUGUGAACUACCUGCUCAGUCACCCUCAGGUCAAGGGACCAGGAAUUGGCCUGCUGGGGAUUUCCAAAGGGGCUGACCUCUGCCUCUCCAUGGCCUCUUUCCUGAAAGGCAUUACAGCGGCUGUCAUAAUCAAUGGCUCUAUGGCCAACGUUGCUGGAACAUUGCACUACAAGGAUGAGACCCUGCCCCCUUUGAGCAUUAACAUGAAUCGGAUCAGAGUGACCGAAGAUGGCCUUAGAGAUAUUUUGGAAGCCCUGAAUUGCCCUUUAAAUGGCCCUGAUCAGAAGAGCAUCAUCCCUGUGGAAAGGUCUGACUCCACCUUCCUGUUCCUUGUGGGUCAGGAUGACCGCAACUGGAAGAGCGAGUUCUAUGCCAAUGAGAUCUCCAAACGCUUGCAGGCCCAUGGGAAGGAGAAGCCCCAGAUCAUCUGCUACCCAGAAGCAGGGCACUACAUUGAGCCCCCUUACUUCCCUUGGUGCAAGGCUUCCUUACAUGCCAAUUUUAACAUGCCUGUCCUCUUUGGGGGAGAGCCCAGGGCUCAUGCCAUGGCCCAAGUGGGUGCAUGGCAGCACCUCCAGUCUUUCUUCCACAAACAUUUGGGUUCUGAAGCAAGGACAAUCUCAGCAAAACUGUGAUUUUUUUUUUUUUUUUUUUUUUUUGUGAGUAGUGACACUUUUGAUGUUGAUCCCUCCUGAGAAGGCUGCCACUGUUAGGAUGUGCAUGUAUUUUUCUCUCUUUCAGUUUUUGGAAGUUGGAGCAGAAUCUACAUGGGAAGUAGAAAAAGACAAGAUCUCCUGAGUAAAUUGGGAGCAUGGGAAUCAUGGGAGAGGAUUGAAGGGGAGGAGAGAGAAAAGGAGAGGACCAAAGAAAAAUGCAUAGCUCAAUAAAAUCAAUAAAAAAAAUAUUCUCACUAGCAUGCUCACACUUGAUAUCUGAGAAUACUGUAUAUCAAUUUAGAAGAAAGAAAUAAGAUGAUCUUAGGAUUUUUUCCUAAAGAUUACCAUGCAGAAAAUAUAUUGUAAAAAUCAAGGCAUGGACGAUUACAAAGCACACCCUGUUUUCCUUACAGAUCUGUGGUAGCUG